AUGGAUAAAAUCAAACUUGCUAAUGAUCAUAAGGAUACCGGCAAUGAUGCUUUUAAGAACGGCGAUUUCAUUAGCGCAAUUCGAUCUUACCACCAUGCUCUACUCUGUGUUAAAGGCAUCUUAUCCAAGUCUACCAUGAAAGAGCUAGGAAUGUUAGUCGGUGAUAACGCUGCGCAACAUAGAGCCAAUUCCAAGGAAGAACAGAUCAAAGAGGAAGCUCAAUCGAUCAAAUUAAGUCUUCAUAACAACUUAGCAGUUUGUCUAAUUAAGCAAAAUAAAUGGGAGAGAGCUAUUUCUCAUUGCGACGAGGCGUUGAUGCUGGAAUCGAAUAAUUGUAAAGCGAUAUAUAGGAGAGGUCUGGCAUAUUUAGAAAUAGGAAAUAUAGACAAAGCCGGAAAAGACUUACGAAAAGCAUCUGCGCUGCAACCGCAUGAUCAUAAUAUACAGAAAGCUUUAUCAAGGCUAGGGAACAAGGAAAAAGUGGGCGAACAGGUUGAAAGACGGAUGUAUGCAGCUAUGUUUGGUAACAAAACAUAA